UCACAAUCUAACUUCACCAUUCACUUCUAUUGUAGACGGCUCUUUAGGCGUAUGUGCUAUACACUUGAAUUCUUAGCAAGGUUAUGAUAAUAGAUGUAAACAAUGAAAACUGAAAUGUAUACUGAAAUAAUGACGGUAAUUCGUAAUUUUCGAGGUCUAUCUAGAGAUUGCGCCAAAAUGUUGAAGGAAAAGUAUAAUGACAUCCAUCCGAACACACUGUAUAGCAUCUUAUCAUUAGAAAUACAACAAAAAAUGAAGACUAAUCAUGUUAGACUGUUCGGAAACAAUAAAGACUAUUAUGACAGUUAUUUGGAAGCAGUACAGAAUGGAGAGCCAGUAGGUAUUCUACUGAGGAUGGCAAAAGAAAUUGAUGCUGCGCCAGCUCUAUUAGCACGUAAUAUUUUGGAAAAAUAUUGUAUGCGUGAUAAUGCAAAUGCUUCAAAAAAUCUAAUUUCUAAGCUAUUUAAAGACACGACACUAAUUGAGGAUAAAGAUCUUGCAUAUGAGAUUUAUUUGUGUACAUUAUAUGAUGAUCUGUAUGGACCUAUAGCUGAUGCAAUGGGAAUAUGCAUAGGACAAGAAUAUGAAAUCAAACUUCAAGAGUAUCUAAUACAAAGAAAUAUUGCAUUUCGUAAUGAAGAACACUUACGAUUACGAGGAUAUGACAAGACUCCAGAUAUUAAAUUGGAAAUACCAAUCGCAGUGAAUGGUUAUGUAAUAAACUGGAUUGAAUCCAAGGCACGAUUUGGUAAUAUGGAAGUUCAUCAAAAAUACAUGAAGGAACAAUUCUUGAGUUAUUGGAAUAGAUUUGGAUCUGGAUUAGUUAUUUAUUGGUUCGGAUUUCUUGAUUGCCUAAAUAAAUCAACUGAGAAAAAGUUCAUUAUAAUGGACCAUUUUCCUGAAAAUAUUACGUAUAUGGAUCCAGCUUGUAUUAAACCUGUAAAUACUACAUGAUAUUACUACAUGAUAAUUAAUAUAUAUAAUUACAUGUCUAUUUUUAUAUGUUCAAGAUAAUAAUGUUGAUACUUGUAAAUAAAUUUUUGUUAGACAAUCUGAUCAAAGAAUUUGAUAUCGUUUCUGAUUGUUAUUGACAUUGAAAUAUACAUUAUCGUUUUAUACUUU